GUGACUGGGCACAUCCGGCAGCGGUGCCAACGUGUGAGCAGGGUGUCAAUAAUGAUCCAAAACAAAAGUGGAUUGAAGUAUGUUGUAUACACAGAGGAGAGGAGAAGUACAUUGUAUCUUUGAGAAGUACGUCCGGUUUCGAUCUGACUGACGUUUUUCGUUUUUCUUUUUUCUUUUGGUUUAGUCUCCGUCUGCUGCCGGGGCGCUUUUGUCCUUAUGGACUCAUCUCUGGUACAUUUCCAAAUGCAAUGUCUCUUUAAAUAUAAGUUUGGCUACCUUUAAGUUUUGCAAGCCGAAAGAGUUUUGCUGCUGUGCGCUCGGCAGCUGCAGGAGAUCGUCCGUCUUUUCCCUCCAAAUACAAACGUGGACGGCAGCGCGGUGCUAUAAUCUGCGUAGUGGGUUGUGGUCUUAUGUCCACAGUUGACCCACCAGUGUGUGAGAGUGCGCGCAGCUUGCAGCGUGAGUCCGUUUUUAGUAUCAUCGGUCUGCUGUGAGGUUGCCAUCCUCACAGUCCGCUCUGCACAAGCCCUAUAUGAUGAACAUGACUCUGGAUCUUGAUGGAAUAUUCAAGGACAACAACUCCUUCAAUUACGACGACGACUAUGUGUAUGAAAAGGAAGAUGAAGAUCCCCAGUCAAGUGGCAGUAAGGCAGUGUUGAUCCCGCUUCUGUAUUCCGUGGUGCUGAUCGCAGGUCUCCUGGGAAACGGACUACUCAUUGCCGUUCUGAGCCAGAAGAAGCGAGCAUGGAGUAUAUCAGACAUCUUUAUCAUCCUGCUGAGUGUCUCGGACAUCGUCCUGCUGGUGACAUUGCCCUUAUGGGCCGCACAGACCAGCCAGGAUUGUGGAUGGUGCUUCUGGGUUCCUCUCUCCAAGAUCAGUGGAGCAGUUUUUAAUAUGAAUUUCUACUGUGGGAUGUUUCUGAUGGUUUCCAUUAGUUGGAACCACUACCUGUCCAUCGCCCACUCUACCCAUCUGUACUCCCACAACAGGUCCAAGUUAGCUUACAUCAGCUUCCUUUCGGUCUCCUUUCUCCUCACCAUCCCUGACUGGGAUUUCUUUGUGGUCGAAAGAACGUGGAAAGAGAAAACACUGUGUAUUCCCAACUGCUAUCUUCCACAAAAGAAGCUGGUCUCACGCCUGUUCCACCACGUAUUGGGUUUCCUCCUGCCUGCUGUUGCCCUGAUCAUCUGCUGCUUCCUGCUAUCUAAACGCCUCCAGAAGCAGAAGCAGAGAGCCACCACGGUCAUCCUGGCCCUGGUGGUGGUCUUCCUUUCCUGCUGGAUGCCAUACAACAUCACACUCAUCGUGGACACCUUCAAGAACAGAUCUAAGACGCCCCAAGAAAUUGCAAAUUCUGAGGGUUCCCUGAAAACUGCCCUUCUGUUCACAUCUGCAUUAGCCUGUGUUCAUGCGUGCCUCAGACCUGUGCUGUACUUCAGCCUGUGCAAAAACUUCAGGGAAAGGAUGCUGGCAUUGUUGAGGUGUUCAAAAGAUGGGGAUGAGCGCUCUCUAUGGGAGUUGGGUGUGGAUGAUGAAAAAGAUCUGCCUGCAAAGACACAUGAGGGAGAAUCACUGAAGCAGGUAACAUGUGUAGAGCAGCAGGAACAAACAACUAAGUGCUGAUACAGAAAUGUCCAUUUAUGACUCAUAACACUGAGAAAUGUUGCUCUUAGGGGAAUUUAGUGUCAAUCAUAUCAUGGGUUCAAAGGGUGGAGGACCAAUUUCAGUGUAAUGAUGAGAAAUGGAAACUUAAAUGUGAAGGAAGUCCUCAUGGUGACAUAUAUGGUGUACUGUUACUGUAGGGUUGUACCACUGUGUCUUGUUUUGUAAUCACUGUAGCAUAUGUUUAACUGUUUAACAUCCCAAAUCAUGUUUUUUUAUACUAUUAUAUAUAUAUUUACAUUUUAAUAGUCUAUUAUUGUUAUCAUUAUUAUUAUUAUUGUCAUGAAUUUUAUGAUCAUUAUUAUUAUUGUUAUUGAAAGCAGGCUUUGUUUCUGCAUUUUAUACUGUGUGGUAAAAAAACCAGUUGGGUGAGUUUUUAGGUCUUAAGCAAUCAGCAUGAAGCUAAUACCAUAACCUCGAACCAUCGAAUUUGAGGGAAUAUAAGCUCUUAUCCAUGUCUGUGUCAUUAUAAUCCUGCAAUUAACAGUCUGACACUGUUUGUAACUUCAUUGUUGAUCCUAUAUUUUUUACAAACUGUUUCAUUUGUCAUACUAUCUUCAAGCGGGAAGACUGUGUGGAUUCCACGAUUGCGCAGUAGAGGUGACCUCAGUGAGGGAAUUUCCCCUUGGCAAAUCCCACAGUCUUUCUUCUUGACUUUAUAGUUGCAGUACAGGUUUGCGUGGAUUAAAAGACACAGGAUAACACAGACAGAUGGUGAUGUCAUCAGUCAGGUGACAGAGCACGAGGCAGAGAGAGAAGUAGGAAGAAAAAAUAGCUCUCUACACUCAUCUGAAGACUUGUCUGUUUGGUGGAGAGAGAACUGUGGCAAGCUUUGUGUGUGAGGGCAGUCACUCGAAGGGAAAAAGAGUGUAGGUGGCAAAUGCAUAGAAGAAGAGUUAGAUCAAAUCUUACUUUGUGGUUUCACCCACACACUGCCGCGCAGCAGGUUAUGGCUUUUCUAGAUAAGCCUGAUUUCAGGGCUCGAGUAAACAACAAUGUUGACGUAUUUAAAUGUGUCCUGAAAUAAAGUGUGUUUUGACAACUGAGUGUUAAUUGUACCAUAAUUUCAUUUGUGGUCAUGGUGUCACACACAAAAAUAAACUGUUUCAAUCUUA